AUGGACCCCAACCUCAGACCGCAGGUCUCGCGGCCGGCAUCUGCCUCGAUUCCUCCACAAGGCCCUCCGCCAUUGUCGCAUCUUCACCAGUAUCAGGUUCACUCGCCUUACCAAGUCCCGCAGCCCCAUACGCUUCCUCCACUACAACACCCCCAGAGCCAUUCUCCAAUGCCUUCAUAUCUCGGUCAGCCAUUCCGAAAUGAUAUGCCCAGGUAUCCAGUCACGUCUGCUCAUGAUGUCUACGCAGCCUCGACGGCGCCAAUGGCCUCACACGCACCCGUGAACAGCCUGCCACCGGCCUCAUUCUUGGGCCAGCACCAGCAGCAGCAGCAGUUCCCUUCGCAUGGCCUGCUACCGCCCACCACCGGUCCUCAGGCAUAUCCUCAACCUAUCGCGCCAGCUCCACCACGCGACAGGCGACACGAGUACGGUAUGCCCGGUGGCCCUUUCACUGGCGCAGAGGACAAGGGCCCAAUGUGGACGACAGCUGAUGGAAUGCCACCAACUACCGCUGCAUUUGCCCCCAAGGACGCUCCACGUACUCAGGUUGUCGGCUCCCAGGGACGACGGGGGAUUCUCCCCAGCGUUCCAGGACGGGCUGCCAUCACGAACGGCGUCAAUGGUACCGCCAAGGGAACCGCGAUCCCGGCCAAGGAUGCGGACGGCAAAUUCCCUUGCCCACACUGCAACAAAACAUACCUCCACGCAAAGCAUCUCAAGCGACAUCUGUUGCGCCACACCGGUGACCGUCCCUACAUGUGUGUUCUCUGCAAAGACACGUUCUCGCGAAGCGACAUUCUCAAGCGUCAUUUCCAAAAAUGCUCUCUCCGACGAGGCAAUCCAACCGGAAUUAGUCACUUGUCUCACCCUCAUGCUCAUCUCAAGAAGGCUCAGGCGGCGGGGGUUGUGCCUAAACCGGUUCAGGGUGAUGUUAGUAGCCCCAUCUCACUUCCCAAUGGUAUUGGCGGUACUACGUUUGGUGAAGCGCCCGUGAAUGGGCAUGGGGUUACAAUGGCUCCUAGCCAUCAACCCCGCUUCGCAGAACAUCAGUCAUUCGGUUAUCCUAUGCCCGCUCAUGCGUCAGUGGUACAAAGUGGCAGCAACGGCCUGACCCGUGGUCCCUCAGACCAUCAGGUCGCCGCCGGUGCUGCUGCCCACUACCCUCCGCAUCAGCAGCAGCAUCAGAGAACCUGGAUGGCUGAUCCCAAACACAACUCUUCGUCGUUCCUUAUGCAGUCUGGAACUGACUCUGUUGGCCAGCCAACCAGUAUUGCUCUUCCUCCGAUCGAUGCUAAGAUUCCUUCCGAUAACAAACAGGCUCCUCCCCAACAUCAGCAACAACCACAGCACCCACAACACCCGCAGCAGCAGCAGAAUAUUGACUGGACGACUGUCCUGCAGCCGGGUUCGCAUGAAAAUUACAUGCCCGCACCUGUCUAUCCUACGUCCAUGACACCCGUUAACGACGGAAUGCAUGCUCACGUCGACGCCGACCGCAAGUACUAUCCUGCCACCACUACCGGGCAGCAAGAAAACGGUGGCCUGAACGGACUCUACCUUGCAUCUACGAGUUUAAGCGGAGACGGUGGGAACCGUUCAGCCAGCUAG